AUUGGCAGCUCCACCAAUUUGUUCACUCUGGCCCUGUUCUACUUCUCUCUGCGAUACCAACAAGGUACUGUUUGCCAAAGAUUGAAUUUCUUCGUUCAAAACGUGCUUCUUGCACAAUCAUAUAAUUCCAGCAUAUGAAUUUGUUAGAGUUUUCCCCCAUCACUACCACACACAUAAUGCUAUUGCCAUGACAACUAUGUGACAUAAUUCCUAUAUAGUCUCAUUAGCUUCCUUAGUCUUGUGUUUCAAUUGGAACCUCAUGUUGAAAUUUCAUUCCCACAAGGCUUUCACUUUCGCAACCCUAAAAUGGUUUCCUCUUGUGCAACUCCAAUUUCUCCAGUUCCAAUUCUGCACUGUCACCUCGCACCUUUCGUGGAGUCAUACCUCAUCAACAACUGUGGCUUCUCCCAAGAAAAAGCUCUCAAAGCUUCCCUCAAGCUCCGUUUACGCCAACCCCAGAAGCCCGAUUCAAUUUUCUCCUUCUUCCGUAACCACGGUUUCUCCGACUCUCAAAUAUGCAAAAUCCUCCAAAGGGAACUCCAGUUACUUUCCUGCGACACCCAAAAGGUAUUGUUGCCAAAGUUCGAAUUUUUACGUUCAAAAGGUGUAUCUUCCCUAGACAUUGUUCGCAUGGUAGAUGCGAGCCCUUCAUUCCUUAAAAGAAGCUUGGAGAAUCAUAUAAUCCCAGCGUAUGAACAUCUAAGAGGGUUCCAUGAAUCUGACGAGCAAGUAAUUGAACUUCUGAUUCGAAAUCCUUCUUUCCUGUAUGAUGGUCGAGUGCCAUCUAACUUCAAAUUGUUGCUUGAUUUUGGAGUUACCCACUCAAACAUUGAUAUUUUGCUCAAGAGAUGGCAUAAUAUACUCUGCUCUAGUAACUUGUCAAAGACGGUUCAGGAAUUGAAGCAAAUGGGCUUCGAUGUUUCAACUUCAACUUUCUGCAUAGCAUUGCUUGCCAAAAGGACUGUAAACAAAACCAAAUGGGAAGAGAAGAUUGACACUUUUAAGAAGUGGGGAUGGUCCCGAGAACAAAUUCUUCUAGCUUUUAGGAGGCAGCCUUAUAUUAUGUUGUCAUCCCCUGAUAAAAUUAAUGCAGUGUUUAGUUUUUGGGUGGAGCAGGCAGGUUUCAAAUCUCUGGAUCUUGUCAGAGCUCCAGGAAUUUUUCAACUGAGUCUCCAGAAGAGGAUUGCUCCAAGGGCUUCAGUUUUGCAGUUUCUUACCUCAAAAGGUCUGCUACGGAAGGAUGCAAGUCUAAGUCGACCAUUUAUUCUGACUGAGACGUUGUUCCUGGAAAAGUAUGUGAUAAGUUCUAAGGGAGUUUAUUAUCAUAUGUUAAAGAUGUAAGAGGAUAAAAUGAGUCUUGAAAAUGAUAGGGACGGCACUUGUACGUAGCCUUCAUCAAGUGCGCAACUUCUUAAUCAAGUUUUGGUGCAAGUCAACCACCGUGUUUUAUGCAUCCUUUUUGAAAUACUUGACCUGUCUACUGCUAAAUUGUCUUCAGAUUUAUUAUUUCUUAGGAGUUUUCCCUGCAGAAAAUUGUUAUUAUGUUUCAGGAACAAUAUGUUUCAUUGCACGUGAUUUUGUCAAAUUGCUAAUUUAGCCUCCGCUAGAAAUUUGUUAAUUGUUUUAUGGAAAAUUCUUCUCAUCUGUUGAAACUCUGUGGGGCAAAAAUUGUCUAGAGAAAAACACGUCUCAUCUUUUGAAAAGGCUUAUCUCAUGGGCUCAAGCUGUCCAGUAUCUUCUAUCCAUAAUUGAAAAGGUUCUCAGCUUAGUUACUCCGUUUCGAUUGUCUGAUUUGUUAUUUUUGCAAUAGUUUAUGGAAUGAUUUUAGGAGGAAACAUCUAGUAUACCAUGGCCAUAUCAGGGGACUGGGAGGAUGCUAGCAUCUGCAUCUGGCAGUUGGUUAACAUAUGAAAGUAAAGUAAGCUAUGGUAUUUCUUCUCAUUCAGUCAUUCCUGUAUCUGUUCUACUCCUGUCUAAAUCUGGAUUUGUAUUAGUUUGAUUGUAUUGUUUCAUGUGCUUAGUUGGAACCUUUUUUCCAAUAAAUUUACAGUUCUUAUCUAUGUUA